CCUCCCGGUGGAGGCGCAUGUCGAACCAUAACCCGAGGAGCAACACCGUAAUCCUCUCACUUUUUCGUCCGUUGCAAUUCCCAACGAUGAAAAUCUGUACAUAUAAAAUAAUCUUUCGUCUGCGGAAAAAGAGAUAUCCGCAUCAACCCACCUUCGAGCCUUACUUUCGAUAUGCAAGGCUUCAAAGACUUCGACCCCGCAAAGGAUGUUGGUGACCUCUUGGGCAAGGUUAUCGUGAUAACCGGAGGCACCGCGGGUUUAGGAGAAGAAAGUGUUCGAGCAUUCGUGGCGCACAACCCUUUGCACAUCUAUUUCACAGGCCGGAACAUCAUUGCAGCGAACACAUUAAUCUCCGACAUCAAAGUCAAAUACCCAACAGCAUCGCUGAGCUUCAUCAAGAUGGAUCUCUCGUCCCUUCGCGCUGUCAAGGAAAGCAUAGCGGAAGGGUUCAAACACGAUCGCCUUGACAUACUAAUGAACAACGCUGGGAUUAUAGCCAAGCCAGCCGCCUUGAGUAUCGAUGGCUACGAGAUCCAGUUCGCGACGAACUAUCUCGGCCACGCGAUGCUCACCAAACAGUUGUUACCCGUUCUACUCAAGACAGCCAAAGAUCCCAACUCAGAUGUUCGCAUCAUCAACACCACCUCUGCGGGUUACGAAUUCCACCGCGCCAUCAAAGGUGGCAUUUCCUUCGAGGAGCUCGACUCUGGAAGCACGAUGUCCAGGUUGGUACUAGGGGGAUGGAUCCGUUAUGGCCAAUCUAAACUCGCGACUAUUCUUUUCACGAGGGAGCUCGCACGUCGACACCCAGAGCUGACAUCCGUGGUGAUCCACCCAGGGCUCGUCAAGACACCAAUGAAUACCGAGAUGGCCGGCUUGAGCAAGUUCUUCGUGAAUGUAACGUCGCGGCUUUCGGGCGAAAAGUGGCUUGAGCCGCACCAGGGUGUUCUGAACCAGCUUUGGAGCGCAGACGGAGCGGAGAAGGGAGCAUUGAAUAAUGGAGCAUACUACACGCCAGUAGGUGUAGAUUCGACGGAAAGGUUGACAGCAGAGGCUAGAAAUCAAGCUCUAGCAGAGAAGUUGUGGGAGUGGACGGAGAGUGUGUUGCUCAAGGUCUGAUAAGUGCGACUGGGUAGUUUAGCAGCACUCUCCAGUUACUGAGAAUAUACUCCUUUCCAACCUCUCAUCAGCUCAGGACUCAGCUCAUUCAUGUAUGAGACCUACUCUUCAAUUUACCAUAAUGGAAAGCUCUACGUAG